AUGAAAAGUCUCAAUGCAAAGAGGGAGCUCCUGGGCUUUCAUCAGGGCAAACUGGAAGGUCUCGAGGCUGACAAUAGCGAUGGCAAAGAUUUCAACCCCCGGGACGCCUCAGAAGAGGGCAAAAUCACCAAGCGCUACCGCAAUACCGCCGUUAUCCUCGUGCGAAGCCAGCACUUGCUGAGUCUCUUGGCACUUCAUGAAGUCAGUGACUACAACAGAUCGGGAAUCAACGAGGAAGCCCCAGAUAGAGGGGUCAAGGGUGUAGGUAUGAUACUUGGAAAGGCUCUCAAAGUCCAUCCAGACGAUUCCGAUUUAAAAGCGGUGGACUUGAAGACAGAAUCUCAACCCGCCUGGGCCUCUGAAGAUCUGAAUCUCGUCUUGGGGCUUAUUGAAGAACGAUCGAGCAGGCCAGACUGGGUCGUAAACAGCGGUGCCCGACUAAGGCUUUCGCCACUCGCCUUUCAACCACGAGGGCCAUAUUGCGAAUCGAACCAAAGAAACUAUGGUAACAAGCGCAAAGGAGAAGAAUUCUUGGAGUUUAUCGAGCGUUGUUGUAGCGUUGGUGCCUCUGAUGAGUUGAACAGGAUGAUAGAAGAAACCUUUGAUGGGCUGCUCGAGGAACAGUCUACAUGGAUUCUUGUUCAGAACCAGGCCGAAAUUAUCACUUACACCCUAGCUCCAGUCAUCCGGAUGUUUCAAAGCGGUUGGUUAAAACCAGUGCCAGCUUUAGGAAACGUUCUCGAAUUGGGGGAGUGGGAGUUCAGCCCGCGUGGCUGUGAUGUCUGCGCUGAUUGCGUAGACAUGAACCAGUUUCUAACCUCUCCCGCCCAGCUCGUGUGGAAGUUUACAGCACCUGGUAAGCGGAGGACUCAUAUCGAGCAUGCGCUUAGAAAGGACAGCUCCAUGAGCAUCGACAUAAAACAGGAACCUGGUCGAGGCAGGUGUCUCACCCUCACACACGAAGAAAAAGGCUCAGCCACGCUCAACUCAAUUGAAUCGACGGGCAAUAUCGCAACAUUUAACCACUAUUCCGCAUUUCCGAACCCGGGUCUUAAAAUCGAGGGCGAUAAUCUUAUUCCUCUACCACUUAAAGAAGAUGAUGCGCAAAUCAUCAAGGCCGCAUGCCGCCAGGCGCCCUUUGGCCACGGUGACAAGACCAUCGUGGAUACAUCGGUACGCGACACAUGGGAGCUUGACGCAUCCAAAUUCGACCUGAAGAACCCUGAAUGGGCCAAAUUCUUUGACGCGAUGCUCCAGAGUACGGCUGAAGGGCUGGGCUUAGGAAAGGUUGUUGCCAACCCGUAUAAGCUUCUUCUUUAUGAGUCUGGCUCGUUCUUCAAGCCGCACAAGGAUUCAGAAAAAGAAAAGGGCAUGAUUGGAACGCUCAUCGUCUGUCUUCCAUCUCAGCAUGAAGGUGGCGAUGUAGUGCUAUCAUUUGGCUCGCAAGUCAACCGCUUUUCGACUGCUCCUACUUCCAAGUUUGACCUUACAUCAAUUUCCUGGUUCUCGGAUGUGACCCACGAAGUCACAAAGCUAACAGCUGGUCAUCGCCUCGUUCUUACAUACAAGCUCUUUGUUGUCGCAGAUGUCUGUCUUUCCGCUUCCACCGUCUUGGAGAAAACCGAGCGACUAAAGUAUCAGUUGACCAAGUGGAAACCACGAUCAUCUCAUUCUGACAGGAUAAUGUACCCCUUGGAUCAUCUCUACACUGAGACAAGCUUAUGCCUGGCAAACCUAAAAGGCCGUGAUCGGGCUGUUGCUUACUCCCUAAACAAGAUCUGUUCCGAGGCUGGAUUCUAUCUCAUGUUAGGGCAUACGACUCAUGUUCACACAGGGGAGGAUGGGUAUGGUGGUUACGACGAUGAGGAGCAAGAAUAUGAUAUAACAUUGAAAUCACUAUAUACUCCCACUGGACACCGAGUUGCCUCGGGCGUGACUAUCGAUGCCGAUGAGAUCCUGGGGUACAGUAUCGACGAAGAGAAUCCGGAUAGUGAAGAUGAGGGCGAAUAUACCGGCAAUGAGAACAUGGCUCCUACAUUCCGCUAUCACAAGACAGUCGUUAUGCUUGUGCCAAAAGAUAGGCUGCGGAAGUAUCUUUCGAGAAACAGCAGCUUCGCCCAUUCAGGCCCAAAAGCCGAAAACGACAAUUUGGCUGAAAUGGUGUUUCAGGAUCUUUCCAAUAGCAAGAACGACCCAUACACGAUUCAGGCUGCCACAGCCUUCAUAGGUGGUCUCUUGGGCUCUAGCGUAAAACCUGCAGCACCAACUGUCGGCCUCAUAUCGAAAUGGGCAUUGGAACUCAACGAUAUAGCACUUUUCCGUACUUGCAUCAGAGCCACCUAUGCACCCCUAGGUUCUCGGCCGAGACAAAUCAACGAGUUUCCUUUCUUCGUGUAUAGAAGAGUAAUCAGUGAGCAACUCGCAAGCUAUCUCAGAACGAACUAUGAUGGCCAGGAACAAGUCAUUGACUGGAAUUACUGGCUACAGGAUCUUGAACAGGCCGACAACAUAGCUACGGAGUUUGAUGCCUUUUGUGCUGCUUUCAAGUCUUCUACAGAACAUCAGCCCCUGCUUGGAAGUUUCAAAGCAUGGGCAGAUCCUAUUUGCGAUAGAAAGCUGGAAACACAGUCUCAAUGGACCCUUUCGGAUCAAGCCUAUCUUGUUGGUAUUCUUAGAUCACGCAAUGCGGACAAUGAGUGGGUUUUACAGAGCUUGUGGGAGCUCACAAGCCAUCCGGAUAACUACUGGGGUCCUUGCAAAAAAUUCGUCCAGUUUCUGGAAGAAAGCUACAUUAAUGGCGCUGGACAGGAAGCCCUAGGAUUGCUGGAACAAAGCUGCAAGAGAUUCGUUGAGGAAAGGCAGACUUGGUCCUCGGUUACUCCUCAUUACCUCCGAACGAACUUCCUCGAGCCUCUUGUCAUGGCUCUGGAAUCAUACAGCGUGCCUCCAGUACCUCCUGUUCAAGAUUUCUUCGAGGUUGCGCUGCGAGAUGUUCACCACCGACCUAUCAUGACUCGGCCAGUCCAACUUACUGGGUGGGCUCACGAAAAAGUCGCGUGCUUGAGCGGACCUAACUGCAGUGCAUGCCGGGAGUUGAAUUACUUUCUUGAAGAUCCAAACGAAAAAGAGUGGCGCUUCCCGGCCGAGAAGCGCUGGCGACGCCAUGUCGAGGCUCAAUUGAGGGAUCCGGUCUAUUCACUCCAGACUCUCAAAGUCAGAUCGCCGCAUACAUUGGUGGUGACGAAACUUGGAACGAACUACGACAGAGCACUGCGGGUAUGGAACCAAGGGCUUCAACAAGUCGAGCACAAUGUCUCCUGGAUGAGGCGCGACUACAUGAGAUGCUUGCUAGGCGAGCAUAAGUAUAGCGAGCUUAUCAUGCUCGGAAGGCCAAGCAUAGAAAGCACUGGAACCAUGAGGCAAGGGGACGAGCAUUCUGAACAGCCAGACGCGACACGUAUGCGAACAUCGUGA